AUGAACGACGUUCCUUUCCUUAUCCCACCCACCCGGUUCCUGUUCCAACCUGCCCAUCGACCCAAACACGACAUCGGCACCCUAGCAAGUCCAGGUCGUCGAGGACUUCUUGAACUCGCACAACGCGAUCUCACGUGUGCAAGCGACGAAACAACAUGUACACAAGGAAGCUGGUGUUGCGGAAACGGCUCAACGUGCUCGCUUGAUAACGGCGCCUUUUUCUGUUGCCCUCCGGAGGCUGGCCAAGAUGGGUGUGCAAGGGUUUGCGCCACUGGUGAUUUCCAAUGUGGAAAUGUUUGCUGCGCCGACGGGCAAACAUGCAUGGGCGCCGACUCUGGAUCCCCUUAUUGUGUGAAUCCUAGCACCACCAGCAACACUUUGAUGAGCAGCGUUCCUCUUCCGACAAGUCCAACAACGACGGCUUUGAUCAGUUCGACGGUUGCACAAACAACGCCAACCCUGAUGACAACUCCAUCUUCCUCAACUUCUACAACAUCAGAUACCACCAUCCCAAUCUCUUCCAGCAUGAGCUCUUCACAAGCAGCUGCCGCGCCCACAACAGUUUCCCCCUCCCCCGACCGCGAAGGCGGGAUACCCAUGGCCGCCCAAAUCUCCAUCGGGGUCAUCGUCCCCGUAUUCUGCAUCUUCCUCGUCUUCGGUCUUUGGAUGGUGCUCUUCCGGCGGUCCAAGUCCCGCCGACUCUCAAUGGGAGACGCGCCCGGUGAAUUUCCGCCCCGCUUCCACGUCGUUGCUCCUUCAGACUUGGAUCGUCCAUCAAGCUACUACCCGACUACGCCACCACCGGCCUACACCAAAUCCGCCACCACGCUCGAUUCGACGGUUCCCGCGGCCUCUUCGGCUGCCACUUCGGUGUAUGGUAACGAGUCGCUUUCUCCGGAGCAAGGGAUGGAGAUGUCAACUUUGAGUGUCCCCUUAUCACCGUCGCCCAGGUUGCCGCCGCUGGAUCAGAGGUUGAGUGUGAUGGAUGUGAGGCUGUCGGUGGCGAGCACGACGGUUGGGACGCCGGAGCAUGAGGAUCAGGCUGGACAUUGGCCGGAGACCGAUGGUACGCAUCCCGGGUCGCCGGUGGAUCCGUCAAGGGCCACGGUGUAUUAUCCGAGGCAUACCGUCGAUCAGUCGGUCGAUCAUAAUGGUGUGCGCCCGGGGACAGCGCUGUAG